AUGUCUGGGCUGCUUUGGAGCCCCUUUCAGCAGAAACUGUUGCUGGGUACCUCAACUAUACCGAGCUGCAGAACACCUGCCACGUGGUCCAGGUGCUUGCUGACUCGACUGAGCCUAUCCUGGUCUUCCCGGAAAGUGUGCAGGAGCGGUCGCUGGUGUAUCCAGCACCUGGUUGGCAGGAAAGAAACUGUACCUUGCCCGCGCCCGCCAGUUCUCACUGCUGGGUACGCAAUUGAGAGUGAUCACGCCUGUAGGAUGGGGCUUCAGCGGGGCGGAGUGCGGCCAGUGCCCGGAUGGCCAGCAAUCGUUUUUCAG